GCCAAAUCGCCUAAUUCUGCUCCUAUAUUUUAUGGUCUUAAUGUCUUAUAAGGGGACCAAAACUCCUCACAAUACUCAAAUAAGGCCUCAUCUGUGCUUUAUAAAGCCCUAACAUUACAUCCUUGAUUUUAUAUUCUAGUCCUCUGAAAAUGAAUGCUAACAUCGCGUUUACAUUCCUCAACACUGAUCCAAACAAAUUAACAUUAAGGGAAUUCUGCACGAGGACUCCCAUGUCCCUUUGCACCUCAGGUUUUUGAAUUUUCUCUCCAAUAAAUCUUAGUCUAAGAAAAUAGUCUUAGAUAUGUUUAAGUAUUGCAAGAGCUGAUUUGUCAUCAUGAAUUGGACAAGAACAAAAACAGACACAGAUAUUGUCCAAGACCUUUGUGGCUAUUGAAAGAACCCCUCUACAGCAUGGGCUGAACUAAUUAAUUGCAAAGGGUUUUUUUUUAAAAAAAAGAGAAUGGUAACAGACCCUUCUGGCCCAGUAACCCCAGGCCACCCAAUUACACCCGUGUGGCUAAUUAACCCACCAACCAUGUGUUCUCGGACUGAGGGAUGACAUCAGAGUGUUUGGAAGAAACACCUGCAGUCACAGGGAGAACGUACAAACACCCUACCGACAGCACUGGCUAGAACUGAACCCAGGUCACUGGUGCUGAAAUAGUGUUUUGCUAAUUGCUACACAAGCUUUUAGUCCCUGGGUCAAUGAACUACAGAUGCUUUAAUGUUUCUGGAAAGGCACAAAUAUAACUUCUGCAGCACGCUGUUCAGCGUGACCUUUCUUCAAUAUCACUUACUUGGCACUGGACUGAAUUCCCAUCUUCAUGUUAUUGAUAACCUCAGCUGAUCUUCCAUUCUCACCUGAUUAUUUCCUCAUCCAAAGUGAUCUUCGGGAUACAAGAUAAGGAAGAGAAUUUCUGCCCUUAAUCGAAGGGAAAGUCUCAGCAAGGAGUUUUGAGCUUCCAGUCCUCUGGGACCAUGGGAACAUCAGGCACAGCACCAAACAUGUGAGGCAUCCCUCCAAUCUCAACCGAAUGCAGAAAAUGCUCUUUGAGUAAAGCCAUGGAUGAUGACAGUGUCCAAACUCCUUGUCUGUCAGUGUUCGUGGGUAAUUUAAAUCCAGAUUACUCCAAGGAGCAGCUGAGCUACAGAUUGAAAGAUUUAUUUGCUUCGGUUGACACUGUCCUGCAGAGACAUGACAUAGAGGUCUUCAAGAAGCACAAGCGAGCCCAUGCGUAUAUACGGCUGAAAACGGACAGUGAAGUUCAAAAGGUCUUGCGAGAACUACAAGAUCCUGGUAUUUUGGAGCUGAAUGACAUGAAGGGAUUAGUAGUUAAAGGAAAAACGCUAAAAGUAGCCAAGGACAUCCGUGAAUUUUCAGAGCACACCUCCGACAAGAGCAGUUCUGCCGAUCCAUUGAAACAGGAAUCCCACAGUCAACAGCAAAAGGACAAGAGGAGACUGGAUCAAACUCAGGAGACAUCUGGAGGCCCCUCAGGAAAAUCCAUGCAGCUACCAAGCAAAAUCAUCGACCACUUAGCAACACCUCUGAUUGGGACCAAGUCCGACAGCGCUAUAAUGGGUGGGGAGAUCGCCGGGCAGGAGCGGUUGUUUUACGGCACGCUGAUGGGAAGUGAAACGAGGAACGUUGAAUUCAAACGAGGAGGCGGAGAGUACCUGAACGUGACCCUGAAGAACCACAUUAGGAAGUACAUCUGUGCCUUCCUCAACAGCGAGGGGGGCAGCCUGUUCGUGGGCGUGAACGACGAUGGCACUGUCUGCGGGGUGGAAUGCAGCCACAAGGACGAAGAUCGGGUUAGGCUGCUGAUAGAUUCGAUCCUGAAAGGCUUCAAACCACCGCUCUUCCCAACUUCCUACUCCAUCAGCUUCCUCCCGGUUAUCAAGGACGGGGACACUGGGCUCUUUCUAAAGGUCGUGAGACUGACCGUUCACCCACCCAGCAAGGACGGCGAUAUUUUUCUCUACGAGACUGACCAAGGUGAGGUGUACAUACGCAGGGACGGCAGUGUCCAAGGCCCACUGACAGGAAGUUCCAUACAGGAGUGGUGCAGGCAGAAGUGGACAGCCGAAGUAAAGAAGCUGCAGGGUAUCAUUGACACCUUGGUUAAGGAGGAGUACCAGCUGCAGGAAGAGCUUCGCCAGCAGCAGCAGAACCUGCAGGAGCUUCAGCAGCUGCACCAGGAGCUGCAGGCGUUCAACUCAGACAGGGCGGCCGUGUCGAAUCUCUGCUGCGUCAUCUGACGGCCAAGUCAGUCACCAGGCUGGCCCAGCAGAGGCUGGCUUCCAAUCCCCGGCUGGAAAAUUCUGCCGGAGUCCCCGGUCACGGAAACAGCCGCUUGCAAGCAAUGGAUUAAUAAAAGCUCUGCUGCAGACUUGAAAUUCUCAGUAGGCCUUGAGGGAUUAGAUUGAACAUUAUGGUUUCUUUAGCUCAGAAUGUUGUGCCAACCCUUGAACCUACUCCAAGAUCAAUAUCGCUCUUCCCUCCUACAUAGCCCUCCAUUUUCUGUCAUGUAUGCGCCUACCCCAGAGUUUCUUAAAUGCCUUUAAUGUACCUGCCUCUGAAGUUCAAAGUUCAAAGCCAAUUUAUUAUCAAAGUAUGUAUAUGUCACCAUAUACAGCCCUGAGAUUAAUUUUCUAUCACCACCCCUGCUCGAUAGACCGCCAUGCGUUCCACGGGCCCACUACUUUCUGUGUAAAAUAACGUACCUCUCC